UUUGACACACAGGUACAGCGAAGGUGAGGGGAUACUGUAGCUUCCGGCGCUUUAAAAAAUAGACAAGGGAGGGGAUUUUUUCAGCUACAAUGGCAGAAUCUCAAAUAACGUGCAUGGACGAUGGUCAUAUCAACGAAAAAAUAAAGGAGUCCAAUCCAGAAUUUUACUACAGCGAGGAGCAACGUGCGGCGCUCGAACAGCUCCUGAAAAACGGCGACGGCGCUUUUAAAGACAGGCUAAAAGAGGACAACGUUAAAGACUUCCUUUCUGCCCGCGAGAUCAAAUCUAUUCGGAGCACAUUUCGGGAAUACUGUACGGACAGUGAAGAUGAUCUGGACUCGGCGCCAGUCCAGAUCGCCAAAGGAGACUCGGGGAUCCACUCCACGUACUGGCCCCAGUUGUCGGAUUUUGAGGUGCCACCCUUGGACAUUGGCUGGCCAGACGGGGGCUCUUAUAAAGGUGUAACACGAGUAACGGUUCACACGAACCCGCCGAAGGAAGAUGGCCCUCGUAUUAAGCAAGUAGUUCGCAAACUGAUCCAGGAGUCCAAAAAGGUGGUGGCGGUGGUCAUGGACCUUCUCACAGACCUCCAGAUCCUGCAGGACCUGCUGGACGCGGCCUGCAAGCGCAACGUUUCCAUCUACAUCCUGCUGGAAGCCAGCGGCAUGCCCCACUUCCUGGACAUGUGCACUCGGCUGCAGAUCAACGCAAUGCAUCUGGGGAACAUCCGCGUGCGGACGGUGCGGGGGAUGGGCCUCCCGCUCUCUAUUGGGAAACUCCCUGGCUUUCUGUCCAAUAAAUACAUGCUGGUAGAUGGAAACAAAGUCAUGUUCGGCUCAUACAGCUUCACGUGGAGCGCCUCCCGGAUGGACCGCAACACGGUGCUCAUCAUGACGGGCCACGUGGUGGACUUCUUCGACCGCGACUUUCGGGAGCUCUACGCCGUCUCCGAAAACGUGGACCUCUACGGCGAGCUCCACGUCAUCAGGGCGCCGAAGCCCGUCAUCGUGCUGCCGAAGGCGGAGCCUCGGGCCCCGCCCUACGCCUCCCGCUUCCAGGCGAGCCUGGGAGACCUCCGGGACGUCGGGGCCGCGGUCCCGGCGCACAAGUUCUACAACCCCAAGUACUCUCUGGUGGUGGGGGGCGGCGCGGGAACGACAAGCUCCCUCAGAGACGUCCUGCCCAGGCGGGAGCCGCCGAACGGGCCGGACCCCUGGGGCACCAUGGACAGGUUCCUGAAGGCCAACAGCGACAGGCCGGACCGGCUCGUUUCGCCGCCGGUCUCGCCCACCGACGCUGGGGGCGCGCCGAGGCCCAACGGGCUCGCUCCGACGGGCACGAGGCUCACCCUCCCGGGCCUCCAGAAAGUGAAAAUCGGAAAUCUGCGGGACAGCAACGACUCGUCCGUCGGCUCCACCCCUACUCGCGCUUCGCUCAGGUCUCCGAAGUUCUCCCUCAAGCGCGUCACCGUGGAGACCUCUUUGGAUGAGAACGUGCGGGACAAAUUUGUCCAAGAAGCUUCGGAGGGAUCCCCACUGAUCAAAGGGAGAAUCAAAAGCUUUUCAAAAGGGUCCAAAAACACAUCUCUGCAGUCAGUUAAUAUACAGGACGGCGAUGCCCUGAAAGCACAGACACGACUUCAAAAGAAAGAAUGCAUUCUAUCCUGAGAAUGAAGUAGGCAAGUCAAGAAGGACAUGAAGAAACUGCUCUGAGUGAUCAGCUUUUCUACGGGAAAGAUCAUCUGGGGAAGGACUACUUCAGUGGACUCCGUAGACACUCCAUCCGACUUUUUUGUUACUAAAAGAUGCCGUAAUGAACAAGAUAAGCACUUGUCGUGUGUUUGGUGUUUGCCCGGUGCGGUGUUUAUACAUCGCGGAUGCAUAGUUCCAGUGACUGAAGGUGGGAGAACCUGCUGGUUUGCAUUCCGCCCUAGGCUCUUAAUUAUUUGCUGGGUGUCACUACUGGUACAUGAAGUAACCUUUUUUACCGGGGA